AUGUUUGAGCUUGGUGUGGAUGGAAUUGUGAAGCAAUAUCAAGCUGAUCUAAAAACGUACAUUCCACCAGAUAUGUCACAUACAGCAUUCGAUAAAAAUAUGAAAAAAAAUCGUUAUAAAGAUGUGAUAUGCAUUGAUAAGACACGUGUUGUAUUGCAGGAGGGAGAAUCUGACUAUAUUCACGCAAACCACGUUAAAGGUGAUCCAUUCCUGAACCCAUUCAUUUGUACUCAGGGACCAAUGAAAAUAACAGUAAAUGAUUUCUGGAUUAUGAUAAUGCAAGAAAAAGUAAGCAAUAUUAUUAUGCUCUGCAAUAUUCUUGAAGCUGGCAAAAACAAAUGCUUUCAAUACUGGCCACAAGAUGUUGGCUCAUCGCUUACAUUUGGAGAUAUACAAGUAUCAUGUUCUGAGGUUAAUGAUAAUAAGGAUACAACCUUUAUAAUAUCAACUUUACAAGCUGAAAAUAAAAAUAUUCGAUUAACUAUCAAACACAUACGGUGGAAAGAAUGGCCUGAUAAAGGUGUACCAACAAGUGUAUUGGCUCCAUUUCGGAUAUUAAGAAUUGUACGACAGUCGCUGCAUCGUACUACGGUUGUUCAUUGCUCAGCAGGUAUUGGUCGUACCGGCUGUAUAGUUGCUAUCGAAAUGGGUUUACAACAAAUUCUAUCCGGAAAACCGUUGUUUCUUAUUGAUAUGGUUAAAAAAUUAAGAUCGAUGCGUAUGAGUGCUAUUCAAACUGAUGAACAACUUGUAUAUGUGGUACGAUGUUUGGUUGCAUAUGCAGAUGCAUGUGGAUUAUUCAAUUCGAAACCUGAAUUACAAGAGAAAGCUGAAAAAUUCUCCGAUGAAUAUACUGCUAUGCUAGCAGCUAAAAAAGCUGCAAGAGAACAGAAAAUUACAGCACAACCGGAAACUGAGCGAACUGAUGAUCAGGCAGCAAUAAUAAAAGUAGAAGAGAAGAAAGAAGAACCAUCACAAAAAUCAAAACAAUCAGUACAGGAAGUUAUAGAACGUGCGGCAGUGUUAAGAUUAGAACCACCAAAAAUUGAACAAAAGCAGCCACAACCGUUGCAGAUAUUUGCGAAUGAGAAGCAAUCAUCGAAAGUUGAACAAGCGCCUUCUGCUGUUCCGGUUCAACAGAUCGAGAAAUCAACUCAACCGAUACCAACACCUCUCGCUGAUAUAGUCCAAGGACAGUUGAAACACGUCCAGCUAAUACCAACUGCUCCUGCUGUCCCAACUCAUCAAUCACAGAAGCAAAUUCAACCGGUACCAAAGGGUCCUGUUGUCCCGAUUCAGCAACCGCACAAACAAAUCCAACCGGUACCAAUAACUCCUGCUGCUCCCAUUCAGCAACCACAGAAGCAACUUCAACAGAUACCAAUAGUUGCUGCUGCCCUAACUCAGCAAACGCAGAAGCAAAUUCAACCGGUACCAAAAGGUCCUGUUGUUCCGAUUCAGCAACCGCACAAACAAAUCCAACCGGUACCAAUAACUCCUGCUGCUCCCAUUCAGCAACCACAGAAGCAACUUCAACAGAUACCAAUAGUUGCUGCUGUCCUAACUCAGCAAACACAGAAGCAAAUUCAACCGGUACCAAAAGAUCCUGUUGUCCGGAUUCAGCAACCGCACAAACAAAUUCAACCGGUAUCAACAACUCCUGCUGUACCAAUCCAGCAGCCACAGAAACAAAUCCAACCAGUACAAACAGCUCCUACUCCGACUGUUCCAAUACUGCAACCGCAGAAGCCAGUCCACUCGGCACCGAGAGUUCUCGUUGUCCCAACUGAGCAAUCUCAGAAACAAAUUCAACCGGUACCAACAACUCCUGUUGUUCCGACUCAGCAACCACAGAAACAAGUUCAACCGGUACAAACAGCUCCUACUCCUACUGUUCCAACACUGCAACUGCAGAAGCCAACCCAAUCGGCACCGAGAGCUCUUGUUGUCCCAACUGAGCAAUCUCAGAAACAAAUUCAACCAACAACUCCUGCUGUUUCAACUCAGCAACCGCAGAAACAAAUACCAGUAAUCGCAAAGUCGAAGUCAACACAAAAUCCAGCACUGAAACCGACUCAAAUACCGUCCUUGUCAACAACACAGAGUAAAACAUCAAAUUAUGAGCCAAGUAAUAAAAAAGGUAAAGAUAAAAACAAGCCUGCAAUGAAUGGACAAUAA